AUGAAUUAUUUGGAGAUUUAUCAGUAUUCCGACCUCAUUGCAUCUAUUCUGGGCCUAGUUCUUAAUGUGGUCCUGCUGAUCGGGUUGUUUAAGACCAAUAAAAAUGGAUUCCAUGCGUAUUCUUACCUCCUCCUGGUCCCUUGUGCCAAUGACAUCUUCUUUUCCACCUAUCAGCUGCUGGUUCAGCAUGUAAGUAGCGUAAAAUGCGUCCCUCUUACCUUUGAUGACAUUCCCAAAAUAUGGUUUUAGUUGAUCAAAGUGGACGGCGGUAUAAUUUACAUCUUCCCUCUUGGCUUCGAGAAAUAUGUCCCUCAGAAGUACCUCUGCAUCACAGCAUUCCUUCAUCUCUUCUCUAUCACAAAUACGUUUACAACUCAGCCAGCCAUCUAUCAUUAUCGUUAUGUAAUUGUCUCCAAAAUCGGGUAGGCAUUAUGAUCAUCAGAUCAUGAAGUACAACAUAAUAAUUGUGUAAUGUAAAUUUUUAGUUCCGGACCUACAGUAAGCGUCCUCGUCCGUAACCUUAUAAUUUCUGUGAUCGCUGCCUUAGCCGUUGGCAUGGCUUUUGGAGCCUCGAUCCAUCAAACAAUUUAUUGGGGCAGAGAUUAUUACAUACAGAAGUUAUCUCCUUUGUGGUUUGAUGAAAAUGGACAGACAGCGUUCAUGUACGCGGCUAAUUGGGUAAGAAUCUUAUUCUACAUCUGUAAACAUAACUUUUUACUAUUAUACUACUUCCUUUGUAUCUUUACAUACUUCCUGGAAAAAAUAAAUGUUUUUAGGCUGACAAAAGUACAAAGGCUUACUUUGUGAUUGUAAUCAUCGUAUUCUCAGCAGCCAAUAUGUUGAGUAUGUAUUUUAUCUGGAUAUCAGUAAAGAGUGUGCAUGCCGAGACUUCAUCUGUCAGUGAGACCACCAAGCAAUUGAGAGCACAGUUUACGAAAACUUUGAUAAGUCAGGUAAUCGUCGUGUAACUAGGGGAUCGGAAUCCCAUAAGUCAGAAAAAAAAACGCAAAAAGACAUCCACUUGCCGGCAAAAGGAUCAAAAGACUGAAUUUUGGACCUUACGAGGGAAGAAUCUGAACUUCCCCCAGCGUUUGGGAAAAUGACUAGUACAGGUGGAUAGAGCAGGUCAACUUUGGUAAAAAAAGCCAUUUUCCAGCAGCUCGUUAGGCGCAAGCCCUUGCCUCUGUAUAAAAGACAGACAAGGCUUUCGCCCCUCGAGGCCCUAGGAUAAACAGGAAAGUCUCUUGGGAACUUUCCAAUACUUUGGUGACAGGGCCCUGUAUCGCAAAUGGUUUAGGCGAUGUGCAGUAAUAACCCUAAACUUCAGACGAUCGUGCUCACUUUCUUCGCCCUGAUCCCCUGCACCAUAUACAUGAUGGCUUUGAUGUUCCAAACUGGCGGAGAAUUCCUUGGGAUCAUUGUUCUUGGCCCUGUCUCCUGGUUUUCUUGUCUUAAUGGUCUCCUUCCAAUGUAUUUUGUCCGGGCAAUUCGAGUAUUUGUUUUGGGUUUAUUGGGGAUCAAAACUCGAGGUCCAAAAUCCAUUCAAUCGACGGUCGAGAAGAGCAAUGUCACUUCUUCCAACCUGGAUGUUGCAUAA